AUGAGCUGCGCGCCGGAGCGGUUUCACCGCUCGGGUCUUCACUCAGCGCUCAUCGAGGUUCCGCUCUGGCGGCCCUACAAAACAGGAAACCCCAAAAACAUCCGUCCUGUUUGUAACCCCAUUUUUUUGCGCCGGUGCGAUUCCUCCCGCGUUACUCAACACCACGGGGCAGCGUUUGGAAUCCAGCGCGGGCAGAGCGGCAGAGAAUGCUGCUGCAGGAAAAAACAAAACCAACCCGUGCGGUUUUACAGCACCCACACCUUUAUUAGGGAAGUAAACGAACUGUCAUUUCCUGGCAGGGUGGCCCUGGGGACAGUGGGGUGGCACAGGGGACUCGCGGCUCGCCCUCCUGCCUGCCGCAGCCACUCCGCUGUCCCUCCUCAGCUCCCAGCGGCUCACGGAGCAGAGGGACUCGUGCCGUGCCGUGCCGUGCCGAGCCGUGCCGUGCCGUGCCGUGCCGUGCCGAGCCGUGCCGUGCCGUGCCGUGCCGUGCCGUGCCGUGCCGAGCCCUGCUGCCUGCCGGGCAAAGGUCCCGCUGUGACCUCUGUCCCCAACCCCACCUCGUGCCCGGCCAUGGAGCUGCUGGGGGCUCUGAGCCCCCCGUGGUGGCUCCUGUCGCUCCUGCUGCUGGCCCUGCUGCUCCGGGCCAUGCGCAGGAGCCCCUGGGAGCCGCGCGAGUGUCCCACCGACCUGACGGGCAGGACGGUCAUUGUCACCGGAGCCAACAGCGGCAUCGGCAAGUGCGUGGCCACGGAGCUGGCGCGCCGCAACGCCCGCACCAUCCUGGCGUGCCGGAGCCGGGAGCGGGGCCAGGCGGCCGUGGAGGAGAUCCGGGCGGCCACCGGGAACCGGGAGGUGCUGCUGCGGCUGCUGGACACCGGCUCGCUGGCCUCGGUGCGCGCCUUCGCCGACGCCGUGCUGCGGGAGGAGACGCGCCUGGACGUGCUGGUCAACAACGCCGGCGUCACCGGGCUGCCCUUCGCCAUCACGUCCGAGGGGUUGGAGCAAACCUUCGCCACCAAUUACCUGGGCCCGUUCCUGCUCACCAACCUGCUCCUGGACCUCCUGAAGGCCUCGGCGCCCGCCCGGGUGGUCAACGUGUCGUCGUUCCGGCACAGCGCGGGCACGGCCGACAGCGGGUACCUGACGGGGCAGCGGCGCCCGGGCGGCUACGACGCCGCCUACAACAGCACCAAGCUGAUGAACGUGCUCUUCACCGCCGAGCUGGCACGGCGCCUGCAGGGCACAGGGGUGACGGCCAACGCGUUGAGCCCCGGCGUGGUGAGCACCGGCAUCAUGCGCCACUUCAGCUGGCCCGCGCGGGCGCUCUUCGGCCUCCUCCGUCCCUUCAUGAAGUCAGCAGAGCAGGGCGCCGCCAGCACCAUCUUCUGCGCCAUCUCGGAGGAAGCCGCGGGCAUCACCGGGAAAUACUUCGACAGCAGCUGCCGGCUGGCGCUGCCCUCGGCGGCCGCCCGCGACGCCGCGCUGGCACGGAAGCUCUGGGAGGCGUCGGAGCGGCUGACGGGGCUCGCGGAGGACGACUGAGCCAGCGGGAUGUCACCUGUCACCUCUCAGCGCGGGAACGGGGACGCGGACGCCGCUCUGCUCCCCCCGUGCCCACCCUGCGCUGCCCAGGGGACAACGUGGCGCCGGCCGGCCGCGACAGUGACGAUUUUAUUAAAAACCCCAGCGCUACAACCA